GUCCAAUCCUACAGGGUCUCACCAAGCAAGUGCACUGCCUUCCCAGAAACAUACAUUAGGUUUUGCAGGAACAGCUGGUCAACUUUUAAUCAAAGUCUGGAAUGUAAUAAGAGCGCUUUUCUCGUUGUUGGUUCCAAUGUCCCCGCCCUCGUUACCUUCAAAAUGUGGUCAUACUUCUGGAGUAUUGCACUCACAGCUUUGCUGACGCUGGGACGGCUUACCGCGGGCAUUCAGCUUGAUAUCAAUGAUCCGGACUCGAUCAAAAAUGCCGCCGCGACAGCCGCCUACGGGAUGAUGACCUAUUAUCAUGGCAACGAAUCCGGCCAAAUUCCAGGGAAGCUCCCGGGAACAUGGUGGACGGGUGGUGAGGUAUUCAUGGCACUGGUGCAGUACUGGUAUUGGACAGGAGACACCUCGUACAACGACGUUACCAAGCAAGCCUUGAUUUGGCAAAAAGGCCACAAUGACUAUCUACCGGACAACUAUACACAAGAUUUGGGCAACGAUGAUCAGGUAUUCUGGGGUCUCGCCGCGAUGACUGCCGCCGAGCUGAAUUUCCCCGAGGAUGAAGAAGUGUCGUGGCUAGCACUGGCCCAGGGCGUGUUUAACACUCAGGCGGAGAAAUGGGACCCGGACACUUGCCAUGGUGGUCUGCGGUGGCAGAGAAAUUCGUGGAACGGAGGGUACGAUCUUAAGAAUUCCGUGUCGAACGGAGGAUUCUUCCAGCUCGCUGCCCGCCUUGCACGAUAUACCAAAAAUGAAACUUACACGGAAUGGGCAGAGAAGGCAUGGAACUGGGCCACGUCUGUUCCGUUGAUCAUCGAGAAAGGGUGGACUGUAAAUGAUCUGGUUACUGUGGAAUCAAACUGCCAGUCACCUAACACGAUGCAAUGGUCCUACAACUACGGAAUCUACUUUAAUGGUGCUGCAUAUUUGUAUAACUUGACCAAUGGUGAUACUAAAUGGAAGAAUGCGGUGGAAGGCUUACUGAAUACUACAUGGCGCAAUUUCUUCCCACAGGAGUACGGGGGCAAUAUCAUGGUUGAGCCAUGCGAGCCGCAAAAGCCGGGAGUGGUAGAGUGCGAUGGCAAUCAGUCCACAUUCAAGAGCUUGGUCACUGCUUGGCUCGCCUUCACCACUACUGUCAUGCCCAACACGCUGAAUGAGAUCUUACCUAAGUUACAGGGCUCCGCAGAGGGAGCAGCCAAACAAUGUUCCGGACCCUCCCCGGACAAGAUUUGUGGACAACGAUGGUUCCUUGAUAAGUACGAUGGUGUCACGGGCCUCCGUGAGCAUAUGUGUGCGCUGAGUGUUUUCACUGCGAAUAUGGUGCCAUUCAAAAAUGGAAAUCGUGAUCAAGGUCCAUUGACGGCGGAUACGGGAGGAACUAGCAAAGGCGAUCCGAGUGCAGGAACGGGGAGUCGGAAACCAGAGAAGGAUACGCCGCGAGAGAUAACGACAGGGGAUCGUGUCGGUGCCAGCAUUGCGACGGUGGCUGUUGUGGGUAUAUGGCUUGGAAUAGUGGCCUUCAUGAUGACUGGGGAUUGAAUUGGAUUUCCCAACGGCGCACUAUGCCGUGAUCCCUAGUCAUUUACUCCAAACGCAGAACAAUGGAAGAAGACCCAAGAUUGAAGUGACGAUUCAGCCCAUGGUCACCACAGGCCGUACGAAUAAGAGACUGAAUGAUGACAGUCCCUGACCACGUCUAAUUUUAUCUUUCUCAGAGCGAUGGAAAUCGCAGCGCCAGGGAGGUAUGACAUCCACACGAUGCCAUGAUCUCGUAUCAAGAUAAUAUUUCCAGUCACAGAUCUGUAAUAUACAAG